GUAUUCUAAAAAUUUAUGACAGUUAAUGUGUGUAUAUUUAAUACAGUCGUUGGCACGGUAUGUGCAUUUCCUGUUACCACCGUUCCUGUAGAGCGUUCUGAGUUAUAAUGGAGGUGUAAAGAUAUGUUGGAUUCCAGAUUUGGUAAUCUAAAUGAAAAUCAUUCUCUGUCCACAGAAGACAUUGAUGAAAUAAAAAGAAAGAUUGAACAGAACCCUUGGAAUUACGAACUUUACAAGCAAGCAAUUUACCUAUCAUCACUUGAUAACCGUAAGGAUCUGCUUAACCAUUUCAGGAUCGAGUGCUUUAAACAUUGUGUUGUGGACGAUCAGUUUUGGAUUUCUUUCAUUGAAGACAGGAAGGAGGAAUCUGAUGACGACGAAAAUAUUGUUAAUUUAUAUAAGACUGCUCUAGAUAAUGAACCGUCUGUCGAAAUAUGGCUCUCAUAUUUGCGUUAUGAGCGUGAAAAGUGCCGUAAAUCGGCAGAUUAUGCUAAUUUAAGGAGUCUUUUCGAGUCCAGCUUGGAGGCUUAUGGUCUGCACACAUUAGACGGACCACAAAUAUGGUCAUACUACCGUAGAUUUGAACAAGAAUUGUUGCCCAAAGUGCAAAAUGAAGCAUACUGCUCACAAUUAGAUCGCAUACGUAGUUUAUUUUAUCGCCAAUUGGAGUUACCCUUGGCCGGCUUAUCGGAUUUAUUGGAUGAAUAUCUCGUGUGGGAAGAAGAAUUACCCUCAGAAUAUCAAAAGGACACAGAAUUCGGGAAAAAACAACAUAAAAUAGGAUUUGAUGCCUGGGAACAAAGGAAAUCUUUUGAAUUAAAAAUACAAUCAGAAUUCCAUGAAGUUAUGAAUACUAAUAACAUGAAUUCACUGUGGAAUGACUACAUUGAGUUUGAGCUGAAAUGUGGUGAUUAUGGAAAAAUAAUGAUGGUAUAUCAGCGUGCUUUGGAUGAUUUGGGUUACGAACGCGAUGAUCUGUGGAUUAAUUAUGCAAAUUAUGCACUUCGCACCAGUCAUUCAAGAUCUCUAUUGAUAUAUGAAAGAGCAUCUAGGCACAUGCCUAAAUCCGUAAGUAUUUGGGUAAAUUAUAUGCUUGUGAUGGCUACUAAAUCACCAAGGAUAAGUGAUUUAAUAUCUCUUUUCAACGCAUCAAAGACAGCUGUUUCUGAUCUUAGCAAUUUAAUAACUUUACAUAUCACUGCAGCGGAUUGUAUAAGACGCACAAACCCCGGCUCUAUUUCAGAGUUUAGAAAUAUACUAUCUAGUGGAGAGGAGUUAUUGUCAAAAAGUUCGGACAAACAGCUAGAAUCUAGAGGUGUGUAUCGUAUACUUUCCUACUGGAGCAAGUAUGAACUUAAAUUGUUGGUCAAGCAUUCAUCCUCAGAGUAUGUGAAUGUCAUUUCCAGAUUUUUGACGAGGUACAAAGAUGACCCUUUAUGUUGGCUAUAUUUAAUAGAUGGCGUUAAGAGCUUGGAUAAGCACAUAUCUGACAUUAGUGACAUAAUUAAUAAGAUUUAUACUGGUCUUUGUUCUACAACAAAUAUUAAAUUGGAUAUUCCAGAACCAUGUACAGUACAUACAUUAAUUGUAUGGUUAUAUGAGACCGCCCUCUCUAUAGUUUCUGCAAACGAGUUGGCUGAAGAAUAUAUCGAUUAUGUACAAACAUCCGGAGUAGUAGAGGACAUAAAAAGAGCGCAUAUGACAGUUUCAACACAUAAUAAUGCAGAACCCCGUACAAGCACCACUUUAAGUCUGAAUAAUAUUAUUUUGAGGCGUGACAGAAGACGAAGGAAACUAGAAACUUUUUCUGAAACUUCAUCUGAUAGUGGGAGUUAUUCCAAUUUACUCAGAAAACAGAACUUUAGUAUAUCUUAUGACUGUUCUACAAAGAUAAAAUCUCCAAAAUUAACACUUAAGGAUUUGGAAAUGGUGACCAGAGCCACUUGGGAUGGGUGUGAAAGUGCGGAUCCUUCAAUAGCGCCAGCAGUGCCUCCAAAUGCCCCAAUGCCACCACCAUCAUCUCCUGUUCUUUCUAGGCUUUCUUCCUCUAGAGUUAGCAACUGUGGCUCAUGUUCUACACCUGAUUUUUCACCAGAUCUUAAAUAUUGUAAGUUCGACGGUAUGCCAUCCGUACCACCUAUAAACCUACAAUCACCAUUAUUACAUCUUUCAGAAUCGAUUAUCCAUACCCCAUUCACUCUGGAGGCACCUGGAACAUUAGUAAAUACCACAGAGUAUAGUGACUCUCUGUGCUCCCAGGAUCAUAUGCAUCCACAAACAGCAGAUAGUAAUUAUCCUCUAUUACCACCUUUAGAAAACAAAGGGCAUUUCCUUCUUUCCAAAGACAAAGAAUCUAUUUUGGCAUGGGUAAAUAGGAAAGAGGAAGUUUGCACUCUUUGGGUUUCCAAAUUAAGCUAUAAAGUUGGUGAACAAAAUGUUUUAGCAUUUUUUUCUGAGUUUCCUGGUUUUAAGCAGGUUCGUAUGUUACGAAGGGGUGGCUCUUGCUAUGUCGAGUUUGAAAGCCAUGAAUACGCUAAAAAUGCACUAGAGAAGGCAGUUGGGCGUAGAAUAUCUGGAGGCACAUUCCGAUGUGAAUUUUCAAAACCUACAAAACCACUAUUUGAAGAAAGAGUUGUGUUUGUUAAAAACAUAACGUCUAAGCAUAUAAUUACUAAGGAUUCCAUCUCUAUACUCUUGGAAAAUUUUUUUUCAAACAUCGGAUUUGUUCCUUCAGAAAUCAGAUUUUGCACUGAAAAUUCAAAUAGUGCUGGCAAUAGGAGGGUAGACUCAAAUAACGUGGAUAAAGAUUGCAGGCCUGUAACUUUGGAAGGAAAAGGAGCAAGUACCGAUGGCACCGAAGCCUGUAAGCCGAUUGAAAAGAGAAAUUUUAGUGUUGGAUAUUGCUAUGUAGAAUUUGAUCGUGAGGAUGCUGCAAGGGAAGUUAUCCAGAAGUUGAUAAACGAGAUAGGGUGGCCAUUAGAUUGUGAACUCGAAGAUGUAAAGUUUCAAGUAACACCAUCAAUUCCAAUGAUUAAUAAAACGAGCGAACGGGUUAGAAAAAUUGAGAAGAAAAUGCCAACAACUUUAUCUAAAGAUAAAACAUCAAGAACAGUGUACAUUACAAAUCUCUCAUACAAAACCACCGAGGAUGAACUUUCAUCUUUUUUUACCAAAAGUUGCGGGCCCGUUAAGGCUGUACAAAUAUGUUUGGACAGGAUGGGUAAAUCAAGAGGCUAUGGUUUUGUUGAAUUUUGUGAUGAAAGAACUGCGAUGGACGCUUUGCUUUUGUCUACCCUAGUUUUGGAUGAUCGUGAAAUUUUGGUUUCACGAUCCAACAGGGCCAUAUACAAAGAUUCUCCAAAACAUAGCCAUAAAAAGAGAGUUAUAUCACCGAAUAAACAAAACUAUAGCAGAGUCAAAAGAAAAAUAGAUUACAAGCCAGGUAAAGACAACUAG